AUGUCGACCUUUGACGGGAUCGUCCAUGAAUUCCCUUAUAUUCAGAUCGAUUACUUUCGCAAGAAUACAGAUAGGCCUCCUCCACUGGCAGGCUUUCUCAGCCAUGUCCACAGUGACCAUCUCCAGGGCUUGGAGUCCUUCCGAGCUCCAUUCAUCUACUGUUCGGUAGCAACUAGAGAGCUGCUCUUGCACAUCGAGAAAUAUCCCCACCGCAUGAAUUUCAGUAAAGGCAUCCUUGAAUCCCGGAGGCUGCAUUACAAACACCUAUCCAAGCUUUUGCGACCGAUCCCACUAAACACGCCGACGAUGAUCGAACUUACCCCUCAGCUAUCUAUCCGAGUUACCCUAUUAGACGCCAAUCACUGCACAGGGGCGGUGAUGUUUCUCAUCGAAGGUAGUGGUAAAUCCAUUCUCUACACCGGCGAUAUUCGUGCGGAAUCUUGGUGGGUCAACAGCCUUAUCCGGCAUCCGGUUCUCAUUCCAUACACUCUAGGUGAUAAACAACUGGAUAAAAUCUAUCUCGACAGUACGUUUGCCCGCCACUCGUCCAUAUACCGUACAUUCCCAUCCAAGGCAAAAGGAUUAGCGGAACUUCUGCAGAAAGUGGCAUCCUACCCAGAGGACACUACGUUUUACUUCCGAGCAUGGACUUUCGGAUACGAGGAAGUCUGGAUGGCACUUUCUGCUGCUCUCAACUCAAAGAUCCAUGUGGAUCGGUACCAAAUAGGCCUGUAUAGGUCACUCGUUUCCGCUCAGAAGGGGACCGGCGAAGCAUCUGCUCUUUGUGGCUUUGAGCUUGGAAAUAGAUUUGUUCCUGGCUGUCUGAGCGAAGACGAAGGAUGUCGCAUCCACAGCUGUGAGCCAGGCGUACAAUGUUCGGUGAUUUCUUCAAAGAAACCGGUUUAUAUAAUCCCGAUAGUUAGUCGAACGAAUGACGGCUCGGAAAUACCCGAAAUUGUGGCUGGAGGCGGAGGUGGUGACCUGUAUCAGAUUCAUGAGCUCGAGAUCCCGAACGAGUUGGCAUUAGAGCAGCUGGACAAACUUUGUCUCGAAAGAAUCCACGAUUCACAAACACUCUCGAAGACGCGAGAGGCGCUUGUCGGGGCCUUCAAGUCCAAAAGCAAAGCACUCCAACUUGAUCGUUAUGGGAUGAAAGAUGAUCAUGACAUACCCGUAGAAAGCUUAGUGAAUAUCCUCAGUCAACACCGUUACCAUGACAAAGAUUGGCCCAAUAAGAACCAAGGAUCAACAGGACAACAUGAUACGUUAGGAAAUCCACUUCCAAAAGUUAUUCACUUUCCAUAUUCACGCCACUCAUCCUACGUAGAAUUAUGCGAGCUGGUCUCCGCAUUCAAACCAAAAGACAUAUACCCUUGUACAGUGGAUCCUCUAGCGUGGGACGAGGACGUCUCCAUGCAAAGUCUCUUCGGCCAUCUAUGCUCAGGAACGGAAUUCACCCACGACCAUCACAUGCGAGACAUGCUGGAGAACGACGAAGACCUCCGCUCAAGGAAACGAGCUCGCUACGAAGAGCCCGCAUCACAAUCGAGCCAGCUAUCCAGUACAUCCGACAUCAUACCCAGAGCCCCAAUGGAUUUCUCCACCAGAAACCCCGGCGACGAUACAAGCCAGAUAGAAGAGCCCCAGGCCACACCAAUCCCCAACCAGACACAACAAACUCGCAAGAGGAAACACAGCCGCAACCAAGCCUCCGCAAAGCCCACACUGCAAAACCAAACAUACUCUCAUCCUCAAUCAACCCGAGCAACAGAAAAAGCCAGACAAAACGAGGUCCGCCAAGCAUGGCACUUCCUGAACAACGCUCGCUCGGACCAAACCCCAUUCCACCUUGGCUCUCUCCCCUCUUCAUGGUCUACCGAAGAAGACAAGGAGCCCGACUAUCAGGGGAAGACCACCGCAGAUGGAGAGACACCGCAUCACGUCGAUGAGCUAUCUGACAGUGACCUCGACACAAACGUCGACGUUGAUAUCACGGACAACAAUAUCGAAGAACCAGAACCAGGGCCAGCACGCCAAUUCAGCCCUUCACUCUCCAUCUCCUCUUCCGCCUUUGCAUCCCAAGAACAGCUGUUGGGGCCAGCCAGUGAUAUGGGUUUUGAUGGUGUAUUUGAGGAGCAUAUCGAAACUCCAGAACAACUAGAGGUUCAGACUACGGCGUCUUUAUCAACAGAUGCCCGGACGGCUAAUACCCUAAAGCGAAGCAGCAGCUCGUCCCGGGCACGGAGAGCCGCAUAUCUAGCUGCUAAAGCGGAUAGUUACGAGGCCUGGGCGUCGAUGGGGCUUGUUUCAGCGGGGGACAAUCACACGGAAGAGGAGAUCGAGCUAUAA